CGGUGAGCACAACCCCUCGGUAGGCACAGUAAUCGGGAAGUUUCACGGAAGCAGUGUGACUGACGCUUGUCUUGGUGAUAAUGGCGGCUAAGGAUCUCUACCCCCGGUCCUCCAUUGAGGAUGAUUUUAACUACGGGACCAAUGUGGCUUCAGCCAGUAUUCAUAUCCGAAUGGAUUUCCUCCGGAAGGUCUACAGUAUAUUGACAGUACAAGUUCUUUUGACCACCAUCACAGCUGGAGUUUUCCUUUAUUUUGAAGCUAUCCGGUCAUUUGUCCAUGAAAGCCCUGGUUUGCUUAUGUUCUCUGCCCUCGGCUCCCUAGGUACAAUUAUUGCCCUGAUGAUUUACAGACACCAGCAUCCUGUGAACCUGUACCUCCUGUUUGGAUUUACUUUCUUGGAGGCCAUAACAGUUGGUAUUGCAGUGACAUUCUAUGACGUGGCUGUUGUGCUUCAAGCUUUUAUAUUGACAACCUUUGUCUUCCUUGGUCUCACUGCAUACACAUUCCAGUCAAAGCGAGACUUCAGCAAGUUUGGAGCUGGGCUUUUUGCUGGUUUGUGGAUCUUGAUCAUUGCUGGAUUUCUAAGGUUUUUCUUUUAUAGUGAGACUAUUGAACUGGUCAUUGCCGCUGGUGGCGCCUUGCUCUUCUGUGGCUUCAUCAUCUACGAUACACAUCUGCUAAUGCACAAAUUGUCACCAGAGGAGCACAUCUUGGCCUCUAUCAACCUCUAUCUUGAUAUUAUCAAUCUCUUCUUACAUCUGCUUCGCAUACUAGAGGCUCUUAACAAGAAAUAAGCCAUGGUAUUCCUGUGUAAUAAAUGGCCAGUUGCGGUGUGUCAUUUUUACCACUUUCACUAUUUUGCACAUUUUUUUGCUUGGGCUACUUUCACACUAGCGUUUUUGCUGAAUCCGGCAGGGUUCAGCAAAAAAACGCUUCCAUUACUGAUGAUACAACCAUCUGCAUCUGUUAUGAACGGAUCCG